CUCACCCACGCACUCACCCACGCACUCACCCACGCACUCACCCCUAAGCCCAACGCCGAGCCAGCCGCUUCCCUUCUUCCCUUCCCUCCAACAAUCGCGUCAGGAUGGAGGACGACAGUGAGCGGUCACUGCUUCACCUCGACCAUGGUGGAGGUGUGUCCGUGGUGGACGAGGGAGGAAACGUUGAUGAGGCCACGUACGCGCUGUUCAGCAACCCGGCGUUCGAUGGCGAGCACCCGCCAACAACCAGCACGAAGGUGUCCUCGUCGUUCCAUAGCCAUACCUAUGGUGCUGGCGCUUCGUUCUGGACCAAGCAUCAGAAAGCACUGCUCAUCGCAGCUGCCGUGGCCGUCGUUGUCAUCUUGAUUGCCGUGCCCGUGGCAGUGACCUCUGUCGGUGGCGGUGGCCGUAACAACGGUGCUGGAGGCUCCAAAAACAGCCAAGGUGGAAACAACAACAACAACAACAACAACAACAACCAUAACAACAACGCCGACGAUGACGAUGACCCGAACCCUGUAACGCUGUUCCCAAAUACAGUUCCGCAAGAACAAUACCCGUCGCUCAACUGCAACGAUUCAGAGUCCCGCGCAGCCGUGAGGAACUCCGGCGUGUCCGCGGUCAUCGACGUCACCGAGUGCUGCUGCGAGGAGUUUUAUGCGCUUGAGCGCGUGAUUGGCUCCAUCACCAUGGCACAGGACACAACCCGGCUGCGCUUCGGGGCUGUGCAGUCCAUUCGCGGCAACAUCAACUCGUACAACAACGGCAUUGUCCGCGGUAGGCUGCAGUCGGUCGUGUUCGAGGGCGUCCUGGUGAUUGGUGGCGCAGUCAACCUCGCAAACAACGAAAUCAGCACUAUCGACUUUGGCAGCCUCACGGCCAUCGGAGGCCACCUCGCCCUCAGAGGCAACGAGCUUACGCAAGUCAGCCUUGGUCAGCUCCAGUCUGUCGGCGGCGCCCUCGAUAUCAGCCGCAUCACCACCCUCACCUCCAUCGAAGCACCGGCCCUCACCAGCAUCGGCCACGCGCUCACCCUCAGCUUCACCGUGCCCACCACCAUUGACUUUGGCAACCUCGAGAGCGUCGGCGACGCUAUCGACCUCAGCUUCAUCCAGGCAUCCGCAGCCGUCAACUUUGGCGCCCUCACCGCCAUCCAGGGCACGCUCAAUCUCGCCCACUCCCUCUUCACCACCAUGGACUUUGGCAGCGUGCAGGCCAUCCCAGGCGACUUCCGCGGCAUGGCCACGCUCGAGUCCAUCAACUUCAACGCCCUCAAGUCCAUCGACGGCCACCUCGACCUGUCCCGCACCCAGCUCACCGCUCUCGCCCUGCCCAGCCUCGCAACCGUCAGUGGCAUCAUCUCUCUGCAGGCCACGUCCGUCACCGCCAUCGACCUCCCCGCAUUGCAGGAGGUUGGGCAGGACCUGAACCUCCGCGACACAUUCAUCACCACCCUGGACCUGCCCAGCCUCACCCGCAUCGGCCGCCAUCUUGAGGCCGGCACGUUCAUGCCCUUCCAGCAGCCCGUCCUCGCCGCCGUUAACGCCGGGUCCCUCACCUUUGUAGGCGGCAACAUCGUGCUCUUGAGCACGGCGCUCACCUCCAUGGAGCUGUCCAGCCUGGCCCACCUCGGCGGGCGGUUUGAGCCAUCGGGCCUGGGCUCCCUCACCGCGCUCGACCUGCGCUCCCUCACCGCCAUCAGCAACCUGCAGCUCACCGGCACCCAGGUCACCUCCGUCAACAUUGCCAGCCUCACCAACAUCACGGGGAAUCUGCAGGCGUUUGGCGUGACUGGCCUCACCACCAUCGACGCCAGCGCCCUCGAGGUGGUGGGCGGAAACCUCGUCCUCUCCAACACGGGCCUAACCGGCGUUGCUUUCCCCAAGCUCGUCAGUGUUGGCGGUGACGUGCGGCUUGCCUCCACGCCCUCACUCACCUCCAUCGCCUUCCCCGCUCUCGCUGCCGUGCACGGCGACGUGGACGUGCGCAGCACUGCCCUGACUAAUCUCGAUCUCCCCAGCGUGACGCGAAUCGGCGGUACCCUCAGCGCCAGCAGCAUCGACAGCCUUGUGUCCCUCAACAUCGCGUCCGCCACACACAUUGGCGGUGCCGUGUCCCUGCGCAGCACGGCGCUCUCCAGCCUCGACUUUGCCAACGUGGAGCGCGUGGGCGGAGUGCUGGACCUGUCGCGGGUCAGCACGCUCACGGCCAUCGACUUUGGUGCGCUGACGUCGUUCGAGGGCGAUCUGGACCUCCGUGACGCCACGGGCCUGACCAGCGUCAAUCUUGCAAACCUGCGCACGGUGACAGGCGACCUCAACCUCCGCGGUGCGGGCAAGGUCACCGCUGUCGACUUUGGCGCAGUCACCGCCAUUGGCGGCGACGUGACCAUUCGCGACACGGCCGUCACCGAGAUCAACUUCAAGAACGUGGCGCGCAUCGGUGAAACCAGCGGUGACGACACGACUGGCGGUGAGAUUGACUUGUCCAACAACCCGCACCUGACCACGGUCGACUUUGGCUCGGUGACUGCCAUUCGCUCGCUCGCCAUCGACGACACCGCUCUCGUGGGCGUCAACUUCCGCGGCGUCGCCGGCCGCAUCGACACCUUCAGCAUUACCGACUCUGCGCUCACCAGCAUCAACUUUGGCAGCAUCGCCGGCGUUGGCGUGCCGGGUGCCACGUUUGACAAAGACCUGCACCUGAGCAACAACGCCCUGACUAGCAUCAACUUUGGCCAGCUCACCUUCAUCGAGGGCACCCUCAACGUCGACAACAACAACCUGGAGAGCAUUGACCUCAGCGGCAUCGCCAACAUCACGGGCAACCUUGAUGUGCAGAACAACGCACUCACAUCCCUCGACUGCCACGGCCUUCUUGCCACCGGCGACUGCGUCUGCGUGCGUGGCAACCCUGACACCCUCACUCUCAGCAACUGUGUCGACACUUGCCUCAUUUGCUGAGAGGAAAAGACGGGAGUUGGGGUUGGAUUGAUUGGUUUGUGUGUGUUUUGUGUUUGUGUGUUUGUGUGUGUGUGUGUUUUUGUGUUUGUGUGUGUGUGUGUGUGUUUGUGUGUGUGUGUGUGUUUGUGUGUUGGUGUGUGUGCGCAUGUGUGCUUGAAUUGUUCGUCUGUCGGUUCGUUUGUUUGCUCUGUUCCUGGAGGACAACGUCCGGAUCGAGUUCCCUAUCUUUGACAUCGUUACAUUGCUGCCCCUUCGCGUCACUUGCCGUUCCCUCACCCUUCUCCACUGCUUCAAUAAACAAAAGUGUUC